AAGAAAUGAACUUACAUUAAAUGGGAUACGAAUUGGGAGAAAGAGACAUUUACAGUUAUUUUGUUGUUCUCUUUUUAUCUCAAUUUAAAUCUCGAUCUUUAAUCGUAACUGUUUCCUCAAUUCUAUUUGCGUUUUCUCUUGGGUAAAUUGUAAUCAAUUCUCUUUCAAUCUGUGGACCAAUUAAAGACAAUUUAAUAGUUUUAUCCAAAAUCGGAUUAAUCGCAUCUCCAUCUAAUCUUCAUCAUUAUCCUGGUUUCUUUUCCUGGUUUCAUAUUGAUCAUCUCUCUCUUUGUCUGGUGCCUUUUUAGUUAUUCAAUUAAAUUGAUUUAAUCAUCUUCGAGUAAUCGUUUCGAUUACCUUGUUUUCUGGCCUUUAUUUUGAUCAAUUAUCGUCUUUUCCUUUGAAAUGAGUUAUCAUGAUUUUCUAUCAACCUAUUCAUCCUGUUCUCAAUUCUCACUGCUAUCCUUUUAUUUACCUUUUUCAAUCUCUCAUCUAAUUACUAUUAGUAAAUUAUCAUGAUUACUCUUAAUUUUCCUCAUUAUUUUUACCAAUACCAUGAGCUCUUUCCAAUUGCAAUUGAGUAACAAAAUCAACGACACUAAACUAUAUCACUUGAUUAAAUUUCUUCAGCUCUUCUGUUGACCAUCAUUACCAAUUAAUCAAACAUCAUAUUCACAGAAAUACAAUUUCUCACCAAUAUUAUUGAUAUAAUUGCCCAACGAACAGGAUAAUCUCAAAUUAGGAUUAUAUUGUAACACAAAGAUCAUCAUCAUCACUAAGAAAUCAACAAUCUAAAUACCGUCCGAAUCAACAUCAUCCCAAUUGGAUCAACAGUUGAAAUCGAUAUCAAAAAGUCACUUUCAUUGAUCUCUAAUCUAAUCCCGUUUUAAUUGAACGGAUUGUCUCAAGACUAUGGAUCACAUAACAAUCUCACAAUCAUCAGAUUCAAUGAUCUCCAAUAAUAAUAAUAAUCCUUCAUCAGAUGAUCUGAUAAACCGAUCAACUCUAAAUUCUGGUUCAAAUUAUUCACAUGAAUUCGGUUCGCCCGUUUGGUUAAUCUAUGGUUAUAUUGUCGCCAUUGGAACUUUUUUCGCUUUCUAUGGAAUCGAAAAUACUCUUGAUGUUUAUCGUGAUCCCAUAGAAUCAUCACUCGCCUCAAAGCAGAAUAAUAAAUCAAUUCGACGCCGAUGGAAUUGGCGUAAAUUUAACAAUACAGUUAUCUCGCUAAUCCAUGCAACCCUUUGUUCAAUUGGUUUGGUUAUUUCUCUUAUUCUUUAUCCAUCUCUUCAAAAUGAUCUGGUCUUUGAAAGUCACUUAAUCCCCUACCUGGUGAUCUGUUUCUCGACGGGUUAUUUUGUGAAAGAUUUCCUAACCAAUCUACUUCGUCGACACGAGUUUGCCCGAAAUUGGACUGAAUCGUCAGAGAUUUUACUUCACCAUGUAGUCUGUGUCCUCGACAUGUCCAUCUCGAUUAACAAGCGACAUUACACCGGAGGUCUAAUGUUCGCCCUUCUCGCAGAAUUGAACAAUACCUUCUUACAUACUCGAUCUCUUCUUCUAAUGGGAAUCGGAAUACCUCAAGAUGGACCUUUGUUUCGAGCGGUUUCUCACCUCAAUCUAAUUACCAACCUAAUUUUCCGAUGUUUGCCUAACUUUUUUCUCGCCUAUCGUUUUGUUUUAGGCUCACCAACCGGAGAUCCAAAACUCGACUCAUUAGUCCCUAAAUUUGAUUUAUCGCUAAUUACAUUUUCACUUCUUCUCCUAAUGGUCUACCAAAGUGUAAUGUUUUUCCGAAUCUGUACUCGAGAUUUUAAAAGGUCAAAAGCGGCAAAAGUUUCUCAGUCCAAGAAAGAUUGACCUCUUGGUUCCUCAACACUCACACACAAACACUUACACACUCACACUCUCACACACAAAUCACACAAUUAAAUUUGUCACAACAAUUAAAGCAUAAUGGAAAGAGCUAAUUAACAGACGAACAAUAAUAAUCAAUCAUAUUCAUUUAAAUCAAAUCAAUGGGCGCAAAGUUAUUAACCAAAAAGAGAUCAUCAAUAAACUACUGAAGGAAAACAAUCAGAAAGCUCAUUAAAUUGAUCCAAUGAACCUGAUUCAACUUAUAUCAUUUAAUUGUCGUAACAAUGGCUCACAACAAUUUAAUAAUCAUCAGCAUUUUAAUUUAUGCAUGAUAUCAACUCUACACAUUUCUAAUCUUAAUCAGAUUGAUUAUAUUGAUUAGUCAAUGGAAAAGCUUCUGAUUUGAUGUUUCUAAUAGUUGAUGAAGGAAAACUGGUCUAUGAUGUAUUGAAAAUUGUCCAACAAUUAGCCGAUUAGUUAAUCAUAUAAAUGAUAAAUCGAAAGAUAAAUUGUAACAAUUAACCGUUAGAGGUUAACUAACAAGUGUAAGUUGAUAUUUAACUAAUUAAUACAUAGUAAGAGCUCAUUACCUUGACUCUUAUUUGUGUCUUAGACCAAAACAAUUAACUAAUCAGUAACAAUCAAAACAUUAUGAUAUAUAAAUAAGAUUAUAUUUAAGUUAUUAAUUGAACUAAAUCAGUGAUCUUUUAAUUUUGUUUAAAUUGAUAUUCUUUAAUUUAGAAACACAAAGCUUAUAAUUAACUCUUUUUCUAUUAAAAUCUUUGGUACAAUUUAACUUUUAGCUCUUGUCAGAUUCUAGAUUUUUUGAUUAUGAUUAUGAUUAUUGUGUAAAUUGAUAUGGAAGAGAAAUUAAAACAAUUAAGAAUAACUUUUUCUUGUGUACAAUUUAUUUUAUUGUUAUUCCAUCAAUUGGAUUGAUUCAUUUUCCAA